UGACCAAAAGAAGGCGUUUGUUAUACACUCUGCUUUGAUGAGUGGCAAAGCAGCGGGGAUCGCCCCAGCCCGAGCCUACCCUGACAGCCGUGAAAGCAUCCGAGAUGCUUCGCAUCCAUCCAGCACACAAGAAAAUCAGGAAGGUGAUUGUACACACGGGUAACGUGUGCUGCAACAGUGGCAGCCGCCACAACAAAGGCGGACGCCCAUGCCCAUCCAGAACCAUGUCCUCCACCAACUCUUCUCAUGCUCCUGCUAAUCGCCAUGCCGACAACCACGACCAACCGCAGUGGCCGCCGCCACAACAAAGGCGGACGCCCACGCCCAUUCAGUACCAGGGCGGCCCGGGCCAGCCUAAGGGCUGCACCAGCAUUUGAGAAGCUUGUCAAAGAUGUUAAGAACAAGGGAAAGGCCUCGCUGCCAAUUUCAAGCUUCUCAAAUGCUGGUGCAGUCGAGACUCUGA